GCUCGCUCGCCUCCCUCCGCGUCGUCCUCCUUCCUCCUCCCCCUUCCUCACCAGCCAGUCGUCGUCUGCUUGAGGGCUAGAGAGAGAGAGAGAGUAGAGAGAGAGUGUAGAGAGAGAGAGAGAGAGAAGGAGAUGGCGUCGACGAAGGAGAGAGACGGCUACGUCUACGUCGCCAAGCUCGCCGAGCAGGCCGAGCGCUACGACGAAAUGGUGGAGGCCAUGAAGAAUGUGGCGAAGCUCGAUGUGGAGCUGACGGUGGAAGAGAGGAACCUGCUCUCCGUCGGUUACAAGAACGUGAUCGGCGCGCGGCGGGCGUCGUGGAGGAUCCUCUCUUCCAUCGAGCAGAAGGAGGACUCGAAAGGGAACGAGCAUAAUGUGAAGAAGAUCAAGGAGUACAGGCAGAAGGUCGAGGCCGAGCUGGCGAAUAUCUGCGGGGAUGUGAUGAAGGUGAUCGAUGAGCAUUUGAUUCCUUCGUGUGCUGGCGGAGAAUCGACCGUGUUUUUCUAUAAAAUGAAAGGAGAUUACUAUCGGUACUUGGCAGAGUUUAAGGCUGGUGAUGACAGAAAGGAGGCAGCUGAGCAGUCUAUGAAAGCAUAUGAGCUGGCUUCCACCACCGCAGAGGCUGACCUAUCCCCGACACAUCCAAUCAGAUUGGGUUUGGCAUUGAACUUUUCUGUCUUCUACUAUGAGAUCAUGAACUCUCCUGAAAGGGCCUGUCACCUUGCAAAGCAGGCUUUUGACGAAGCGAUCUCAGAGUUGGAUACUUUGAGUGAGGAAUCCUACAAAGACAGCACAUUAAUUAUGCAGCUUCUAAGGGACAAUCUGACAUUAUGGACUUCUGACAUCCCUGAGGAUGGAGCUGAAGAUGCUCAGAAGCUUGACAAUGCUGCCAAAGCUGCAGGAGGUGAAGAUGCAGAGUGAGGCAGAGUGUUGCUUGGGAGCUCAUAAAGGGAGUCAAAUGGUUUGAGGGUGGUGUUUCCUUGUCUGAAGGCAUAUUGAGAGACUUUUACUUUCUGUUUCCUUCACUUUUUUCGUUUCGUCGUCCUCUUUUGCUUCGACAUUGCUACUAGCUAAUUAUUUGGUGCUUGUUCUGUGCUCCCAUUCUCACGUCUGCUGAUUAAACCUGAUAAAAAUUAUGUCAAGACAGUCUGUUGUACGAUCUAAGUCUGUUUAAUUGAGAAUGUAGCGUUAUUAGAUGAUGAAUCUCAACAGUUGUGCAAUCGGAUGUUAAGGCCUACUUGUUAAUCUAUUUGCGGCUGCGGUCC